AUGCACGUCAGUGCCGCUAUUAUUGUCGUUGCCCUUGCGGCUCUGGCGUUUGCUCAGCAUGCCCUUCCCGAUGAACAAGUGCCGUUUAUUGGUGGAAAUGUGUUUAACGCGAAUGACCCGGCUGUAAUCAACCAGACAUUUACCUACAACAUUCCUUUUGAACCAUCUCAGUACGGCGGCUACUAUUACUGGGCAGUCAAUAACAAUACCGUGAGCGGAUCAAACUUCUCUAGUCCUCACAUGAUGCCUGGCUACAACUACUACCCGGAUGGCGCAUUCACCAAGUAUCCUUAUUUUGAAAUCGGCGAAAGAAACUCGAGAUCUAUCAACAAGACCAGACUAUUCGACUGCUAUCAGGGACCUCGUUUCGAUGCGCGCGUCCAUGUCCGCGACUUCGGUGUUGAUCCUCAACCGUGCCAAGCGAAUAACAGGUGCGACGGCAAGUUCAAGAAAGUCCUGCACGUCGUCUUCGAAAACCAGGUCUACGACUGGACGAUGAGCGAUCCUUACUGGCUACUUCUGGCUACCAGAGGCAAGCUUUUGACCAAUACUCACGGAAUCACUCACCCGUCUUUGCCUAAUUACGCGGCUAUUCUGGCUGGUGAUUUCUUUGGACUAGCUGAUGAGGACUUCUACAACAUUGACACUACUACGAUAUACGACCUUCUAGAUGAGAGGGAUAUUUCAUAUGGCACCUACAUUGAGUGGUAUGACCCGAUUGCCACUCACCGUGGUGAGAACGACUGCAAUAACUAUAUAUUCAACGGCCCCAUCGACAAUACCAACCCAGUCUGGUGGGCUCAGGUCUACCGUCGCCUGGAUGUCCCGGCCCUGCUCUUUAAAACCUAUACGUCGAAGUAUGACCGCUGCGCCAAGUUGUAUGAUGCAAACAAUACUUUCGCAGAGCACGUCAUGAUGCACCAGCUGCCCGAGUACUCGUUCUAUGUCCCAGACAUGAUCCAUAACGCACACGAUCCCAUGUCUGAUAGUGACUACGUGCACCAGCCUCAGACAGCGGGUUACUGGCUCAACUCAUUCCUGGAUCUCUACUUACCCGAGCUUAUGGCGCAAGGAACCUUGGUCGUCGCCACUUUCGACGAAGCUACCUGGCCGAACGAUAGCGACGACUUUCCCAACAAUAACAACCACAUAGUGACAAUGUUGUUUGGAGCUGGCAUUACACCCAACACCAAAGACCAUACAUACAUGACCACCUACGGGCUUUUGCGAGGUACAAUUCAGAACUUUGGGUUGGGGUCUCUGGGUCGUAAUGAUACCAACGCCACCAAUGGCAAUCUGUUUGACCUCGUUUCCUAG